AUGAACACAGUAGCCUGUCAUGAGUUGCAACCGGGAUACGCUAGUGGAGCUCCAAGAACAUACUCCAAGACCUACUCGGUCCCAAAGAGACCAUACGAGUCCGCUAGAUUGGACGCCGAGCUUAAACUCGCCGGUGAAUACGGUUUGAAGAACAAGCACGAAAUCUAUAGAAUUGGUUUCCAAUUGUCCAAGAUCAGAAGAGCCGCCAGAGACUUGUUGACCAGAGACGAGAAGGACCCUAAGAGACUUUUCGAAGGUAACGCCUUGAUCAGAAGAUUGGUCAGAGUCGGUAUCUUGCCAGAAGACAGAAUGAAGUUGGAUUACGUUUUGUCCUUGAAGAUUGAGGAUUUCCUUGAGAGAAGAUUGCAAACCCAAGUUUUCAAGCUUGGUCUUGCCAAGUCCAUCCACCACGCCAGAAUCUUGAUCACCCAAAGACACAUUGCCGUUGGUAAGCAGAUCGUCAACAUCCCAUCUUUCAUGGUGAGAUUGGACUCUCAAAAGCACAUUGAUUUCGCACCAACUUCCCCAUACGGUGGUGGAAGACCAGGUAGAAACAAGAGAAAGUCCCAGGCUUCCGCUGCCGGUGGUGACGCUGAGGAGGAAGACGAAGAUCAUGGUUUGAGAUCCAGAACUCGUUACGCGUUCAGUCGUGACUUCAAACAGCACGGAGCGCUUCCUUUGUCCGUGUACCUCAAGACAUACAAGGUCGGCGAUAUUGUUGAUAUCAAGGUUAACGGAUCGAUCCAACAGGGUAUGCCAUUCAAAUACUACCACGGAAAAACCGGUAUCAUCUACAACGUCACCAAGUCGUCCGUUGGUGUGAUUGUUAACAAGAUUGUUGGAAACAGAUACAUCGAGAAGAGACUCAACAUCAGAAUCGAGCACGUUAAGCACUCCAAGUGCAGACAAGAGUUCUUGAACAGAGUUAAGGAGAACGCUGCUAAGAAGGCUGCUGCUAAGGCCUCUGGUGAGCCAUCGUUGCUUAAGAGACUCCCAGCUGCUCCAAGACCUUCCAAGGUUGUUGCUGGUGUCCCAACCAACCUUGCUCCAAUUGCCUACGAGACCUACAUUUAG